UUUAACACCUAACACCUGUUAUUGGAAAACCCUAUAUUUAACAUCUACCAGUUUUCUUCAGUGCGUUAAUCGACUCAAUGUUAAAAGAAGGUGGGUCUAUGUGUUUAUAUUUAAAUUAUAUGUUAUAACGUAAAAACUUACUUAAUCCUGCAAAAAUAUAAAAAAAAUUUUAAACGACAGCUAAAUUUGCUCAUAUAAAUGCGCAUUCUUUGCAUUGCCUUGCCAUGCCAUUUUAUUAAUAACAUUAUUUUUAUAUGUAGAUAUGUAUUUGCAAUAACAUAAAAUGCUUUUUUCUGAAUAUUUUUGAUUUUGAGUUGUGCCGAUUUUGCAGAGGAUGUGCAAUAUGUAGGCAAUGUAGGAAAAUGUACUUUUUAAGUUCCUAAAAACCAUCUCGAACUGGCAUACCUAUGUUCAUGUGUAAGUAUUGUACAUUUGUAUGUAUUUUACUACAUAUUAAGAUAUACAUCCAUAUGUACAUACAUAUUGUGUCUACAUUUAUUUUUAGUGUAGCUAGCAUCUUGCAUAAUGCAUAUUAGGUAAACACACAAACAUGUGCAGAAUUAAAUAUCCCAGUUGGCCACAAGAAAACCUCAACCUUUGGGUAAAUGCCCAUAAUACAAAUAAAGUUGUUGUCAAAUAAAAAUUUUUAUAUUCUAUAUUUUCAAUGUCCGUUAACAGUGUUUUCAACGAUGAGAAAAUUAUUGGUGGAAAUGAGUUCCAAGCUGAUUUGGUGGACUGGGAAAUAACACAAUGAAAUAUGUAUGCACAUAUAUGUAUGUAUACAUAAAUAAUAAGUACAAUUGCUGUUAUGCACAUAUAUUUCUGUGUAAUUUGUACAUUCGGGCACUAAUGAUUAUAUUUGUAUGCCCACAUUUUUACAUGAGUACUAAAAUAUCUUCAUAUGUAUUUUUUAAUGUGAAUAUAGUAUGUACAUAUGCAUGUACUGUGAAACUAUAUACAUUUGUCUUGUUUAAGUUGAAAAAGUUAAAGUCAAGCUUUUUUAUAUUCACUUUUAGUUGUAACGUUAAUUGUCAAAGUUAACUCGGUAAGAAUGGGUUGGUUUUCGGUUUCUAGUUUUCUUGCUUUUUUGGAGUUAGCAGUAUCUUUCGCUGCUUUAAUCACCAAAAAGCUCACAGAUAACCAAGGCGAGCAAGUUUACAAAAGAAACCAAAAAUUAUCAAGUGAAUGGAGCUUACUUAAUAACUUAAAUUGGUCCCAGGCUGGAAACGAUUUUAGCAUGCUCACUUAUGGUGGAUAUACGUUAAUAGCCGGGGCUUUUUUGCUUUCAAGAUUGAAUGGCAAUAAAUAUGGGACGUGUGAGAAAAUACUAUUAAUUUGUGGAUUAAUAUUUUUCUUUACUGAAGCGGGCUUAGUAUUUGGAACAUUGGAGUACAUACCAAUAGAUAUUCAAUCAAACGCUCUAAUUCUCGGAACCCUAUCGGCGGCAGGAGCGAUUUUAUUCUUCAUUGAUAUUUGUUAUACAACUUCUUUAACACAAAGUGUAUCAAAGGUAGUGCAAACUGAAAUUCAGUAUUCGUUCUUGAAAGACGAACCAAGUGUUCUACACAAGUCAUCCAUUCAUUCAUUGCCACUGGUUCCUGCAAGCGUUCAAAUAUAUCCCACUGAUGACCGGGUAUAUUUACAACCACAAUCAGAGAAAACUAAAGGAUGUUGGGAAAAAAAAAAUUCUAUGCGAAAGUAUUUAAAAACACGUGUACUUCAAACUGAUGUCUAAUUUAAAACGAAAUAUAAAUAGUUGCUUUCCUCUACAUAUAAGAUAAACAAACGCACUUGCUUAUAUGAUUUUUUUUUUCAAUAAAUAAUAGAUGAUAGAAUAUUUCUCUAAUAAGUUGUAAAAAUUAAUAAAAUAAAGCAAAAUUACUAGUAAUCCGUAAGGCUUAGUGGAAAUAAAAUUAUGAAAUAUUUUAAUCGCUCAAUAUUUAAAACUUAAUAGCUGAAUAUUUACAGCAGCUCAUUAUAAGAUACAUAUGUGUAUACAUCAACACGCGUACGCACUUAAAGCAACUUACUUUGUAAGUAACUUUUACCAUCACUGUUUGAAUAUUAUCAGCAAAUUAUUUUAUUUAUAUAAGAAUCAAAAAUCACCCCACUGUAAUAAUGAGAAUAUAGAAAAGCAUUUACAUUUUUUUGUGAUAAAUAUCAUAUAUGAAAUGAGAUUGUUUAGAAAAUUUUACGUGCCAAAAGUAUUUUCCCGGGU